AUGUACUGGGACUUGGGUGUACUCUUGGUACACUGCCGGUGCGGCCUUGCCGGUCAUGCAGCGACUGGACCCCUAUGCCUACGAGCUAGUAUCGGGUCCGAGUUAAGGUUCGAAGCUAUCGGAUCCGAUGUAGUGUCAUUGGACGUCAGUUUUAGACUUUUGGAUAAGCUCCAAUCAGAGGGUGCAAGACUAGCCAUCGCGGAGCAGGCCCUCCACUCCGCGAGCGGGUUUCGCUCCGUCUGUCCGGCGAUUCCAGACUUUAGUUCGACCCUUUCGACUUCUGGCCGCAAAACGUUCAGUUUGUUUCAGCGCGUUUGUGGAACUUCCCCAUGGGGAAUUGCGGAGAGAGUUUGGCCCCCUUCGCCUUGCGCCCCACGAGAAAAGGGAAGCGACCUUUAUAUUCCCAGCGAAACUCGAUCAAAGGCUCACGCAUCUCCUCUCGUCACCCUUGCAGCCGGAUCACAGUAUCGCCAUAUAAUAUGUGAUAACAGCACUAUGACAAGCUCGAUCAACAGUCGUCCGGCCGCCGGCGCAGUGGCGCAUUCUAGCCUUGCGAGGAGAACUGUUGGACGCCCGGAUGACGACCCUGCUGCUCUGGUCCUGGAAGCCUGGUCCCAAGGGCUUAUGACGGGGUCACUAGUCAUUAUGGCUGCUGUUACCUUUGCAAACAUGCGGCCGGGCGUCCUGCUACAUAAGUUGAUCUUACUUGAGCUGAUUCUGGCCAUGGCCCACGGAACAUUUAUAUUCGCGCCAGAACCUGUAUACGGCUGGUACCUAGCCUCAACAGCGAUCGGCCUGAUCAUAUCGUGGUCCUUGCACAAUGUAAUCGCCUGGAUGAAGAACCGGCCGUUUAUGGGUCGCAAGCUUUCCCUUUUCUACGUCGGCACCAUUGUCCUGGCUCAGCCAUACUGGGUGGCCGAGAUUUACGCAAACUUUGCCUAUUUUAACAACAUAAAUCUUACCGUUUACCAGAAAAUCCGUCCCUGGGAAGCCUUAUUUCGUCUCAUCAGCAUGACGGUGACUGCCUCAGCUAACCACGGCUGGACAAGUGAUCCUUGGUGGAUUUACACCACAUGCAAUAUCUUCUGGGUCGUCAAGACACACUACAACUUUGGCAUCCUUGAGCUGGUGCGCGAAUGCCCUCGCUUUGGGCUCAUGCUGGCCUCCAUGUGUCUCUCCAUUGUGUUCAUUGUCUUAGACGUGAUCAGCGUGACUGGAGCCCUCGACGCUGCCAUGCCGCUCGGCAUCAACCCGUUUUGGAAACUAUGCUUCACGUUCAAGUGCUUGUGCGAUACGAUUAUUCUCGACGAUUUCAAGACAGCGCUCGAUAAGCUUAGUGCUCGAUGGCUAGCGAGGAAUGGGAUGAAUGGGGCAACCGCCCCUUUGUCCGCAAUAGAAUAA